AUGGGUGAAUCUGAAGGCGCAACUAGUCCGUUUAACGACAACAAUGUUGCAAUGGACUCUGAAGAGCAGCAUCAACAAUAUCUUGAUAAUAAUUCUCAAAUAACGACACCUAUAAAUACAACCGUGAUACCAAUGGAUACACUUCCACAGGACAGUAAUCCAAGAACCGUGUCAUAUGGCAGUGGUGCCAGUGGAGAACAAUCUCAAGGAGGACAGAAUCCCCAAUAUCCCAGCAUUUCACAUACUAGUGGUUUCUAUUCUGACGGAGACAGCGCAUUCAGUGCGUUGCCGACGCCAAAUUUGAAUGUUGAUGGUUCAUUUCCAAGAAGCCCGCCACCUCCACCACUGAAUCAAGGAGCAGGUGGGAUACUUCUGAUACCAGAAAACACGUCCCGAAAACCAUCUAUCAGGUUUAACGUGCCUCCUCCGAGCCCCCCAGCACCAGUGUUGAUCAAUACACCAAGCACUACUGCUGCAUUUCAUGAGUAUCACAAUUCGCAGCCCAAGUCACCAUUUGCUGAUCCCAGCAACCACAUUAUCUUUGAAUCCGAUAAUGCGUUGAAAGAAUUCGAAGACGACGAAGAGCACGCGUAUCAGAUAGAUGGUGAGACGGAUGCAGACAACACCAUGAAACGUCACAGAUGGGGUACUACGAGAAACAAGAAAGGUAGACCAAAGAAAGAAAAUGUAAAUAGAUCCAAAACAUUAAGAAGACUUUUCCAUCCUCAUUCUGCGAACAGCCGCAAUAAUAGUGAUGACAGUUUCCAAAAUCUUGAUGAUGACAACGAUCUGGGAUCGGACAACGACGAAGGUUCAACUAAAGUGCAUGAAGUGAUCGAUCCAAGAGAUAAGAAACAUGAAAAGAGAACUGUAGUUUUUAACAGGGUAUUGCCUGAAACAUUUCUAGAUCCUGAAACCGGGAAACCGUUAACCAAUUACCCAAGAAACAAGAUAACAACAACGAAGUAUACACCAUUAAACUUUAUUCCCAAGAAUGUGACAUUCCAAUUCCUUCAUAACGUGGCAAACUUUUACUUUCUUGGAAUGAUUAUUUUAGGGGCAUUUCCCAUUUUUGGUGUGCCUUCUCCUGUUUUGGCAGCAGUUCCACUUAUCGUUAUUCUCAUCAUCACGGCCUUCAAGGACGCGAUAGAAGACUCUCGACGGACUGUGUCAGAUAUGGAAGUAAAUAACCAGAUCACACAUAUUUUGCAACAGAAUGAGGCUAACCCGCAAACAGAAUACAAGUACCAAAAUAAUAAUAUUGACGAUGAGCAUGUAUCUCUUUGGAGAAGAUUCAAAAAGUGGAACACCAGGGUGCUAUUCAAAACUAUAGACAAAUCAAGAGAGAAUUUUACCCUGAGAGGUAGAGCACUUAAAAAAAGAAGGAAGAUGAACCAAGAAGUUGAGGAUAACCAAGGAGAUAUAAGAAAGUCAUUUGAAUCAGACAUUGGUGAUAUUGGAUCCCCUAGAGCAUCCAUGGAAUCUUCCAAUCCAUUCACAGAUAUACCUCGGAAGUCACUUGAUGUCCUGAAGUCACUUGAUGCCAAAGUUUCCAUGGAUAUGGGAAGAAAAUCAAGAACAUACAGUAGAAAAUCUGGCACCUAUGGAAGAAAAUCAAACCACUUGGCUCGUUCUAAUAAGCUCUUACAAUUUGCUCGUAAGUAUUGGAAGGAUAUCCGUGUUGGUGAUGUUGUCAGAGUUUAUAAUAACGAAGAAAUUCCAGCUGAUUUGGUUAUUUUAGCCACUUCAGAUGAUGAUAGAUGUUGCUAUGUCGAGACCAAAAAUUUGGAUGGUGAAACUAACUUGAAAGUCAAGCAAGCCCUUAAAUAUGGUUUCAAGGACCAUAUUAUACGGCGUGCGGAUGAUUUAGCUCCCAACGAGUUUGAAAUUGAAUCGGAAGGUCCACAUCCAAACUUGUAUCUAUACGAAGGGAACUUACUGUACUCGGAUACCAUAACAGGAGAUAUAAAGCAAGAAUCCAUUACAAUCAACAAUUUGCUUUUACGUGGUUGUUCUUUGAGAAAUACCAAGUGGGUCAUUGGAGUAACUGUUUUCACCGGUAGUGAUACUAAAAUUAUGUUGAACGCAGGCAUAACCCCAACUAAACAAUCCAGAAUAUCUCGUGAAUUGAACUAUUAUGUUUUCUUAAACUUCAUAUUACUUUUCAUUUUGUGUUUUGCUUCCGGGUUGGUUAAUGGGCUAUAUUAUCGACAAAAGAACGUUUCUCGUGACUUUUUUGAAUUUGGAACAAUUGCAGGAUCUCCAUUCAAAAAUGGGUUAGUUGAUUUCUUUGUUGCAUUGAUUUUAUAUCAAUCAUUGGUUCCAAUUUCCCUUUACAUCACCAUCGAAAUCAUCAAAACUGCUCAAGCGUUUUUUAUUUAUUCUGACAUCAACAUGUACUACGAAAGGUUGGAUUUCCCCUGUGUUCCCAAGUCGUGGUCAAUUUCGGAUGACUUGGGUCAAAUUGAAUAUGUAUUCAGUGAUAAGACGGGGACUUUGACUCAAAAUCUAAUGGAAUUCAAGAAAUGUACUAUUAAUGGUAUAAGCUAUGGUAGAGCUUAUACCGAAGCACUCGCUGGUAUGCGGAAGAGAAUGGGAAUCGAUGUGGAACACGAGGCUCUUGUAGAGAGAGCAGCAAUAGCAGAAGAUAGGAUUAAAAUGAUUGAGGGUUUGAAAUCACUAUCUUCAAAUGGAUCAUUGGAAUAUGAAGAAGAAGUGACAUUUAUUUCAAGUGAAUUUGUUGACGAUUUAAAGGGAGCGAGAGGUGAGUACCAAAAGCAUUGUGCCGAACACUUCAUGCUUUGCUUAGCUCUUUGUCAUUCUGUUUUGGCUGAAGAAAAUCCAAAAGAUGCAUCCAAAUUAGUUUUAAAGGCCCAGUCACCGGACGAAGCUGCCUUAGUUGGAACGGCCAGAUCAAUUGGGUUUGAAUUCCAAGGCCAGACAAAGUCUGGUGUUAUUCUUAAUAUCCAGGGAACUAAAAAGGUUUACCAAGUUCUUAAUAUUAUUGAAUUCAACUCCACCCGUAAGAGAAUGAGUGCUAUCAUAAAGAUUCCUGGAGAUACUCCAGAUGCUAAGUCUAAAGCACUUUUGAUUUGUAAGGGAGCUGAUUCAAUUAUUUAUGGAAGAUUAUCGAAACUGAAGAAUGAUUCUAAACUUUUGGAAGAAACAUCAAAUCAAUUAGCUGAAUAUGCCACAGAAGGGUUAAGAACUUUAUGCAUUGCUCAAAGAGAAUUGACUUGGGAACAAUACACUGAAUGGAACAAAAAGCAUUUAGAAGCUGCUUCAUCUUUGAAUGACCGUGAAAGUCAAAUGGAAGCCGUGGCCGAUUCAAUUGAACGAGAUUUAAUCCUUUUAGGUGGUACUGCCAUUGAAGAUAGAUUACAAGAUGGAGUACCUGAGUCAAUUGCUAUUUUGGCUCAAGCAGGUAUUAAGUUGUGGGUUUUAACUGGUGACAAGGUGGAAACUGCUAUAAACAUUGGUUUCUCAUGUAAUCUUUUGGGAAAUGAUAUGGACUUGUUGCUUAUUAAGAACACAAUGACGAAGGAAGAGAAAGCAAAGGCACAUAUUGAUCCUAAUGCAUCAUUAUCAGAAGCUGAACUAGUUGACCAAGUCAUUACUAGGUAUCUCGAGUACAAUUUCCAGAUGACAGGCUCGUAUGAGGAAUUAGAAAAGGCAAGGGGGGACCAUACACCACCAAAUGAUGGUUUUGGUAUCGUCAUUGAUGGUGACGCAUUAAAGAUCGCUCUUUCUAAUAAGCAAACUGAACGUAAGUUCUUACUACUUUGCAAACAAUGUAAAGCUGUUUUAUGUUGUCGUGUUUCACCUGCUCAAAAAGCAGCUGUGGUCAAAUUAGUUAAGAACACGUUGGAUGUUAUGACUCUUGCUAUUGGAGAUGGGUCCAAUGAUGUUGCCAUGAUCCAAGCUGCUGAUGUCGGUGUUGGUAUUGCUGGUGAAGAAGGUCGUCAAGCAGUAAUGUCAUCUGAUUAUGCCAUUGGUCAAUUCCGGUUUUUGGUUAAGUUAUUACUUGCUCAUGGAAGGUGGUCUUAUAAGAGAUUCAGUGAGAUGAUUCCAUCCUUUUUCUUUAAGAAUGUGAUUUUUUCAGUGGCGUUAUUCUGGUACGGAGUCUAUUCCGACUUUGAUGGUACCUAUUUGUUCGAGUUCACAUAUUUGAUGUUCUAUAACUUGGCCUUCACCUCAUUGCCGGUGAUCUUCUUGGGUGUAUUCGACCAGGAUGUCAGUGGGAAAGUCUCUAUGUUGGUUCCUCAAUUAUACAUUACAGGAAUAAUGCGGAGUGAAUUCACUGACACCAAAUUCUGGAUAUACAUGGUUGAUGCGGUGUACCAAUCGGUGAUAUCGUUCUUUUUCCCUUACUUGAUGUACUACGUUUCAUUUGCAUCGAAAGAUGGCCAACCAUUUGAUCACCGAUUCUGGAUGGGUAUCUCCGUGACAUCUAUUGCAUGUAUUUCAUGUAAUGGUUAUAUCUUGCUUCACCAAUACCGGUGGGAUUAUCUUUCAGCACUCAUUGUCUUUCUUUCUAUUUUGAUCAUCUACAUCUGGACCGGGUUAUGGACUUCUGUUACCUAUUCUGGUGAGUUUUAUAAAGCAGCAGCAGAAACAUUUGGCGAACUUAGUUAUUGGGCUGUCACCUGUGUUGGAGUUGUUGCUUGCUUACUCCCAAGAUUCUUCUACGAUGUUACCCAAAAGAUGCUCUUUCCCAAAGACAUAGAUAUCAUCCGUGAAUGUGUCAAGAGAGGAGAUUUCGAUGCUUAUCCCGAAUCAUACGAUCCGACAGAUCCAAAUAAGGUGAAGAUCAGCGAGUAUACUAGCAAUGUAACUAAGAGACUUCUGGCAGGAACUCAUCAAAGACAAAGCAGUAUAGAAAGCCGUUUUCCUGAUUUGGAAGAACAAAUGGUAUACGUUCCUGGUUCUUCAUCUACCUUUGUACAAUCUUCUACAUCAAGUCCUUAUAAAUCUGCCGAACCGGGUUCAACUGACGAAAGCGAUGCCACUGUCCCAGCUGUCAAUGAAGAAACAAAAAUUCCACCGAUUGCUUCCCAAAGCAAUAAUAGAAAGCUGGUCAUUGAUCUUUUCAAGAGAAAACAAAAAGCCACUAGUUCCUUCAGUGAUUACAGCAGUUACGAUAACGGUUCAUUGAUUAACGAUUACAGCUUUGAUCAAAACCGUCAAUCCGACCUUGCUACAGAAGAAAUUGCUCUUGAAGACUUCGAUAACAACCGUCGUAUGAGCCGGAGAAUUUCAAGCGAUGCAAGUCGUCAAGCUAAUAACCGUCAGUCAUGA